GCGCCUGCGCGGGGCUGCGGGGCCGCUCCGCGGUGCCACACCCCCGGGGGAGGGAGGCAGGAGCGCCCGAGACCUCAAACCAUCGGGGAGCCGGCGGGGAGGAGGAUGGAGUAGCGGGGCGCCGAGCCGAGCCGAGCCGAGCCGAGCCGAGCCAGCGAGCGGAGAGCGCGGGCCGGCGCGGCCGCCUCCGGGGGGAGCUCAGCGGGCGCAGGGGCGGGAGGGACAUAAUGCAAGGAGGAAUAAUGCGCUAAGGGGAAGGCGGCUGAUGGUCGCCCGGAGACUCCGCACCUACGGGGAGUGACGUCCUGCUGCAGUGCCGCUGCCUACCUACGCUGACUGAGCUUGUCAAUGGAGCUGGAAAAUAUCGUUGCCAACACCGUCUUGCUGAAAGCCAGGGAAGGAGGUGGAGGGAAACGCAAAGGCAAAAGCAAAAAGUGGAAGGAAAUACUGAAAUUCCCUCACAUCAGCCAGUGUGAAGAUCUCCGAAGAACAAUAGAGAGAGAUUACUGCAGUAUAUGCGAAAAGCAGCCAAUUGGAAGGCUUCUCUUUCGGCAGUUCUGUGAAACUCGACCCGAGCUUGAGUGCUGCAUUAGGUUCCUUGACUCAGUGGCAGAGUAUGAAAUUGCUCCAGAUGAAAAGCUGGGAGAGAAAGGAAAAGAAAUCAUGAUGAAAUACCUCACCCCAGAGUCUCCAGCUUACGUUCCAGAUGUCAGUCCAGAUCUUGUCCAACAGACAGAGGAAAAACUCAAAAUCAGCCCCUGCAAAGAGCUGUUCUCUCACUGUACAAAAUCUGUCCUUGACCACCUCAGUGGGGAACCAUUCCAAGAAUACCUAAACAGCAUGUACUUCGACAGGUUUCUGCAGUGGAAGUGGUUGGAAAGGCAACCAGUAACGAAAAACACAUUUAGGCAGUACAGGGUACUAGGGAAAGGUGGCUUUGGGGAGGUCUGCGCUUGCCAAGUCCGGGCAACAGGGAAGAUGUAUGCCUGCAAAAGAUUAGAGAAGAAGAGAAUAAAAAAGAGGAAAGGCGAAUCCAUGGCGCUAAAUGAAAAGCAGAUUUUAGAAAAAGUCAAUAGUCAGUUUGUAGUCAAUUUAGCCUAUGCCUACGAAACAAAGGAUGCACUGUGUUUAGUUCUGACCAUAAUGAAUGGGGGUGACUUGAAGUUUCAUAUCUACAAUAUGGGAAACCCAGGCUUUGAGGAAGAACGAGCUUUGUUUUAUGCAGCAGAGAUUCUUUGUGGCUUAGAAGACCUACAUAGAGAAAAUACUGUAUACAGAGAUUUGAAGCCAGAAAAUAUCCUACUAGAUGAUUAUGGUCAUAUUAGAAUAUCUGACUUGGGACUAGCUGUUAAAAUUCCUGAGGGCGAAUCAAUCCGUGGAAGGGUAGGAACAGUCGGGUAUAUGGCCCCAGAAGUGUUGAACAACCAGAGAUACACACUCAGCCCUGACUAUUGGGGAUUAGGCUGCCUCAUUUAUGAAAUGAUUGCUGGGCAAUCACCAUUUCGUGGAAGGAAAGAGAAAGUGAAGAGAGAAGAAGUGGACAGGAGAGUGCUGGAGACAGAAGAAGUAUACUCCCAUAAGUUUUCUGAGGAUGCCAAGUCCAUCUGUAAAAUGCUCCUCACCAAAGAUGUGAAGCAGCGGCUGGGAUGUCAAGGGGAAGGUGCAACAGAAGUGAAGAGGCAUCCCUUUUUCAAGAGCAUGAAUUUCAAGAGGUUAGAAGCAGGAAUGCUGGAUCCUCCCUUUGUCCCUGAUCCCAGAGCAGUAUAUUGCAAGGAUGUGUUAGACAUCGAGCAAUUCUCCACAGUGAAAGGAGUAAACCUGGACCAAACAGAUGAUGAUUUCUAUUCCAAGUUUUCCACAGGAUCAGUCUCUAUUCCGUGGCAAAAUGAGAUGAUAGAAACAGAGUGUUUCAAAGAACUAAAUGUGUUUGGACCAAAUGGUACUAUUUCGCCAGACCUAAAUAAAAGCUACCCCCCAGAGCCACCCAAGAAAGGAUUGCUACAGAGAAUAUUUAAACGACAGCAUCAGAACAAUUCAAAGAGUUCUCCAAAUUCAAAAGCCAGUUUAAAUCACCACAUAAAUUCAAAUCAUGUAAGUUCAAACUCCACUGGAAGCAGCUAGUUCCAACUGAGUUUUAUGAAACAACAUGUUGCAUCCUUCCACUAUAAUCUAUGGAGCUUCUAUGGAUGAGAGAGCAUCCACCACUGAGUGAAAAAAAAAAAAAAAACAAAAAAAAAAAAAAAAAAAAAAAGGAUCUCCCCAAAAUGGAGAUUUUCUUCCAGUGGAGCCUCACAUUUUAAGAAGAAAUUUCCACUCAGGUCUGUUUUUGGAGGUGGCACUCAAGACUGUGUGAAUCAAAUUUGUCUAUUUAGAACAUUGCAAUAGAAAUUCAAUGAACAUGACUACUUGCACGUAUUUAAAUAGCAUCAUGCUAGAACUGAAUUUUGUCUUUAUUAUUUUUAAAGAAAAGUUUUGUAAAUUUCUCUAUUGUCUCAGUUUACAUUUUGUACAUUUGUAUUUAAAUGAAAGUCAGACUUUGGAGGUGUAUAUUUUCCAAGCAGCAGCUGUAAAGCCAUGUGUUUUAAGACUUUUUUUUAAAGAAAAAGAAAUGUGACUCAAGACUUCCAGAGCCUCAAAUGAGAAAUUCUUCUUUUUAGUAAUUCUAGAAAAUUAUUCAUAUUCCACUUUAUCAGACUGAGUUUUAUUGACAUGCAUUUUUAUGGAACAGUUUAUUCUUAAUUAUUUUACAUCUGUAUAUUUGGUUUACAGCAACACUGCAUACAUUUCUCCACUUCAUUAAUUUGUAAUGUCUCACAUAAAAUGCUAAAAGAUACUGAUAAGGCUUUGAUGCAUUUAAGAAUGCUACUUGCUAAGCCUAAGGUUUUUGAUGUCAUGGGACCAGCACAGCUGAGAUUUGCACUUACUUAUGUUGUUAGAACAUCAUAAAUGUUUUAGUUUGAAAGGGAAUACUGUUUUAAGCCCUUUUACUUCACUGUUUUUGUGCUAUUUCUAAUGAGAGAAAGAACAAAAUUGAGUGAGAGGUGACCAGGAAAACAACUGAUCAUUUGUUUUUCAAGGACUUGAAACUUGCACCCACUGAAAUAAGAGCAAAAUUCUAAGUGAUUUCAGUGUUACAGUCAGAAGUUCAAGGCAUUUCCACAGUUGCUCAUAUCCAACAGGUAGCAAGAGAGAAAUUCAAUAGGCUGUUUUGUGCUGACCAUGAGUUCAUGUCAGCUUUCUAGAGCUGACCUAUGGAGGUUUAGAAUGGGAUCUGAUCUGCUUAUGUCACAUCACAUCUAUUUUUAUUUUACCUGUCUCCAUUUUUGAGAAGUAGUAGAACCUGCAGGUUGUGUCUGCAUUUACAGUUCUUUUAUGUGUGAAGUGUCAUGCCAAACAAACCAUGGCUCAUCCUAUCAAUUAAGUCCUCCACUUAAUUGAAUAAAAUGUCAAUUAUGAAAUAAUA